GGGGACGCCGCUUCCUCCUCCUGCCGCCGGCCUGGGACAGCCCGAGAGCCGGCCGGCCGCCCCCGGCCCCGGCCCGCCGUCUUCUCCGCCGCCCUCGGAAAUGCCCCUUCAGCAGGCAAAACGAAGGCUGGAGCUGGGAGAAAGUGGCCACCAGUAUCUUGCUGAAGGACUAAAGACUCCAAAGGGGAAAGGAAGAGCUGCAACAAGAAGUCCAGAUAGUCCAAAAACCCCAAAAUCUCCUUCAGAAAAGACUCGGUAUGAUACAUCGCUUGGCCUCCUUACAAAGAAGUUCAUUCAGUUGCUGAGCCAAUCUCCUGAUGGAGUUUUAGAUUUGAACAGAGCGGCGGAGGUCCUCAAGGUGCAAAAAAGGAGGAUUUACGAUAUCACCAAUGUACUGGAAGGCAUCCAUCUCAUUAAGAAAAAAUCCAAAAACAACAUUCAGUGGAUGGGCUGCAGUCUGUCAGAGGAUGGUGGCAUGAUGGCACAGCGUCAAGGCCUCACGAAGGAGGUAACUGAACUGACUCAGGAAGAGAAGAAACUGGAUGAGCUAAUCCAAAGCUGCACACUGGACCUGAAGCUGCUAACAGAGGACUCAGAGAAUCAGAGAUUAGCUUAUGUGACAUACCAAGAUAUUAGAAAAAUUAGUGGCCUUAAAGACCAAACUGUUAUAGUUGUGAAAGCUCCUCCAGAAACAAGACUUGAAGUGCCUGACCCAGUGGAGCAGAGUGCAUUGAUACAUUUAUCUAGUACUCAAGGACCUAUUGAAGUUUAUCUAUGCCCAGAGGAAAAUGAUGCUCUCAGUCCAAUGAAAACCUAUAGUCAGGACCACAACGGAAACAUUUCCAAAACCAUUUCCAAAGAAGUGGCUUCUGUUAACUCAGGACAAGGUGACUGCUCAGUAAACAUGGCAACAAUCUCUCCAUUGGCUUCUCCAGCCAACCUUCUACAGCAGACCGAGGACCAAAUUCCCUCAAACUUUGAAGGACCAUUUGUGAAUUUGCUGCCUCCUCUGCUUCAGGAAGAUUAUUUGCUGAGCCUCGGGGAUGAAGAAGGCAUCAGUGAUCUCUUUGAUGCUUACGAUUUAGAGAAGCUUCCUUCGUUGGUGGAUGAAUUUAUAUACAGCUGAUUCUCUUAAAUGAAGUGCGUAUCUAAAUCAUGUUUUUUAAUGGAAUUGGAACACGUCCAUUCAUUCUGUUGUCCUCCCCUGCUUACCAUAGGAUAGCAUUAUUGAAUAAACAAGGCUCUUGAACGCUGCUGAUAUUUUAAUGAAAUUUUCCCUAGAAUACUACAAAAAGGUCUUCUCCUUGACCCUAAGCUCCAGUGCCUUGCGAGUCAGCAAGGGUGAGCAGGUGACCGUAGAAGUUCUGUAUUCACACUCCCCCAGUCUCUGCUUUCCAUGACAAGUGGGUUAAUGGAGAAGGGCUCAAUGAACUGGCUUAGUCGCAAAUAACAAUUUUAUAAUAGUAUUUCAGGUCGUGCCUUCUGCAGAGAAUGCAUGUCUUUUGAGUGUCACAACAUGGAUUGUAACUGCAGUAAACGUAAAUAUGAAGUAAUGCAGAAGUGUGAAAUGAGCUUCUUCAGCUACUCGUGGGAAUGUUUAAAUUGCUGUCAUAAUGCUCGUUUUGAGCUGCAUAUAUGUCUCAUUAUGAGGUCAAAUACUUAUGUCCUUAAAAGCUUUUAAUAAAAAAAUACACUGUAAAUGUAGUGUAUAUUGCGAAUAUUGAAAGGUAUGAAGUUCUGCCACUUCUCGUAGUAAUCACAGAUUUUUAAAAAUGCUUGUGUGUGCGUGUGAAAGUAGUUUUUGUUGGUUGGUUGUUUUUUUAAACUAGAACGAAGAUGCACAGUUCAAUUUCACUGCCCCCAGUGUGCAUUAGAACUGGUACAUAAUUUUUUGUGGUACUAAGUGGGGCUUUAUGUUAAGUGCCUACUAGAGAUGCACUGUGGGUUUUUCCCUCUAUGGAAAACACUUAUGCCAAGCUUUGUUUGUUCAAUAUAUCAUAUUUAUCUCAGUGGGUUUGCUUCCUCUGCUUCCAGCUUUUUAUAAUUCUCUUUGCCAGCAAAAUGGAACUAAUUUUUUUUUUUUUCCAAAGUACAUAAUUGUAAGUACCACAUCAAUUGAAUUGCAUUUAUUUUUCGAAGAUCUUUGGUAGAAUAGUAUAAUACCAAUAUUUAUUUUUCUGAAAGUGAGAGGAAUUCUAAGAAGUCUUACUUUUUUUUUUUUUUUUUUUUGAGUGUAAAGUAUGUUGCCAUGUUCUGGGCUAAAUUAACGUUGAUGAGAUUAUGCCCAUGUAACCCUUUGGUUUGCAUUACUGUUGUGCUUAUCUGACAUAUUCAGAAAAUUAGUACUAUUUGUACUGUAGUAGGAUAUUACGUACGCAGGUAUUCUGGUACCAUUGAGUUGCUGCUAUGAAAGCUCACACAUGAAAAGGCAAGAAGUCACAGUACUAAAAAGAAAACUAUAUGACUGUGUGAGUUUUGGAAUAUAACAAAUGUAUAAAGGGCAACACAUAAAGAACUGUUAAACAGUGUUAAGUGUGUGUUUAUAUGUACAAAUGUGUGCAUAGAUCAUUCAGCAGUUGUAUUUAAGUUGAUAUAUGUUUCAACUCACACUUUAGUUAUCUAGCAGUUUUGUAUAAUAGAAUUAACUUGUAAACACUGCCAGAAUAUUUUUUAGCUGGUUUGUAAUUUUUUAAGAGUUUUUUUAGAUGUGGAUCUGUAAAUAAAAUUGUAGUAUUUAAAGUUUCCGUCUUGUGGAAGAGGAAAGUAAAAGUUGUGUGAGCAUGAAGAUUUGUGAGACAAAGGGGCACUUUUGAGGGGGGAAAAGAAAAUGAAGACUAAUGCAGACCAUCUCUUUAUGUACAAAUUAAACACUUGUCCCAAUGUGCGUGGGCAAAAUACUAAUUAAUUUAGCUUUGCAUUGUAUGCUAGUUUUAAAAAAUUCUGUAAAAUACUGUAAAAAAAAAAAAAAA